AUGUCUAGAUUGAUUGUUAGAGGGCUUCCGCAGUACUUGACUGAGGAUAAGUUGAAGGAUCAUUUUUCAAAACAAGGAAAUGUUACCGAUGUUAAAUUAAUGAAAAAGAGAAAUGGAGAAUCAAGAAGAUUUGCAUUCAUUGGAUACAGAUCAAUGGAUGAUGCUGAAAAGGCAGUCAGAUUUUUUAACAAGUCGUUCAUUGAUACAUCUAGAAUAGAUGUAGAGUUGGCUAAAACAUUUUCUGAUCCAAAUGUCCCAUUAUCGUUUAAAGAAAAGAGGAAAUUGGAUGAAAUAAGGUUGAGAGAACAAGAAGAAAGAUUGGUACAAGAAGAAGAGGACCGUAAAACAAAAAGAACCAAAACACAUAAGUCAACCCUUGCGGAUGAAAUAGAUAAAAAUGAAAAAUUAAAAGAAUUUAUUGAAGUUAUGAAACCUUCGAGUCAAGUAAAGUCCUGGGCUAAUGAUACCAUAGCAGAUGGUAAAGGAGGUCCAUCAGCUAAAGACUUAGAAGAAGCUUUGGCAAGACAAGAUGGUGGUAUUGAAUCAAGUACUAUCACUGAUAGUGCGUUUGAAACUGCUAAGGCUGUCGAAGCUGAAAGUGAUGAUGAAUAUGAAGCCUUUGGCAAGAAUGGAGAUGAUGAAGCUAGUGAUGAUGAACAAAUGGUUAGUUUGAAAGACUUGGAAACUGAUUCCAAAGAAGUUCAAGAGCCAAGCAUUCAUAAUGAUGCCAAUGCUUCAGAUCUUGAUUGGUUGAAAUCAAGACGUGUGUAUAUGAGAGACAAUGCAGAAAAUCAAGGAAAAUCUGUUGAAGAAGAAGCAAAAGAAGAGACAUCAUCAAAAGUUAUACAGAAGAAAGAAAAAUCAUCAACUCCAAUUGUGGAAGAAACUUCAGAAGAAAAGAUUUCUAAAAAGAUUUCUGAAACUGGUCGUCUUUUUAUCAGAAACAUUUCUUAUGAAUCUACGGAACAAGAUUUCCGAGGUUUAUUUGAAAAAUAUGGAGAUCUUGAGGAAGUACAUAUAGCUAUCGAUACACGUACUGGUAAAUCCAAAGGUUUCGUGUAUGUUCAAUUUUCUAACAAUGAUGAUGCUUUAUCAGCUUAUAACUCUUUAGAUAAGGAAAUCUUUCAAGGUCGUUUGUUACAUAUUUUGGGUGCCGAUAAUAAAAAAGAUCAUAGAAUGGAUGAAUUUCAAUUAAAAAAUUUACCAUUAAAAAAACAACGUGAAUUGAAAAGAAAAGAUCAAGCUUCCAAAAGUCAAUUCAGUUGGAACUCAUUAUAUAUGAACACUGAUGCUGUUUUGGAUUCGGUUGCUUCUUCUAUGGGGAUAUCUAAAUCACAGUUAAUAGAUCCUCAAAAUUCAAACUCUGCUGUUAAACAAGCAUUAGCAGAAGCCCAUGUUAUUGGUAACGUGAGAAAGUUUUUUGAAGAAAGAGGUAUUGACUUGACAUCGUUCGAUAAGAAAGAAAGAGACGAUAAGAUAAUAUUGAUCAAGAAUUUUCCGUUUGGAACUACUGUUGAAGAAAUAGGAGAAAUGUUUUCUCAAUACGGCCAAUUGAAAAGAAUAAUAAUGCCUCCCUCGGGUACUAUCGCUAUCGUUGAAUUCCGUGAUAUCCCAAAUGCUAGAUCCGCAUUCACAAAGUUAGCUUACAGAAGAUUCAAAAAGAGUAUAUUAUAUUUGGAAAAGGGUCCUAAAGAAUUGUUUAUCCGUGAACCAACUGAAAAUGAAAGUGUCGGUUCCGAAGUCACUACCGAAAAGCCUGCUGUGGAAGCAAAAGUUACUGCUAAAGAUAUUAUGGAAACUUCAGCUACAAAUGAAGAAGAAAAUGAUGAAACCACUACUGAUGGUCCUACUGUUUCUGUCUUUGUCAAGAACUUGAACUUUACUUCUACUUCUCAACAAUUAACUGAAGUAUUUGCAUCAUUGCCCGGUUUUGUGGUUGCCACAGUUAAAACUAAACCAGAUCCAAAGAAUGCUGGUGGUGUAUUAAGUAUGGGUUUUGGAUUCGUUGAAUUUAAGACCAAGGAGCAAGCCAAUAUUGCUAUUUCAACUUUAGAUGGUAAUGUAUUGGAUGGACACAAGUUACAAUUGAAAUUAUCUAACAGACAAUCAUCUACUAACAACAGUUCCAAAGUCGAUAAGGCAAAGAAAUCAACCAAAAUUAUUAUCAAGAAUUUACCAUUCGAAGCUUCCAGAAAAGAUCUUUUGGAAUUAUUUGGUGCUUUCGGUCAAUUAAAGUCCUGUAGAGUUCCUAAGAAAUUUGACAAAUCUGCUAGAGGUUUUGCCUUUGUUGAAUUUAACUUAUUAAAGGAAGCAGAAAAUGCCAUUGAUCAAUUAUCUGGUGUACAUUUAUUAGGUAGAAGAUUAGUUAUGCAAUAUGCAGAACAAGAAUCCGAUGAUGUUGAAGCUGAAAUAGAAAAGAUGACAAAGAAAGCUAGAAAACAAAUGGCUACAAGGGACAUAGCGGCUGCUAGAUUGUCAGGAAAAGGUAAAAUAGAUUUAGAAGGUAAAGAAGAUCAAGAUUUUGAGUCUUUAACUUAG